AUGGAAGUCGCCAUAGCGUUCACCAGGCCAUACGUCCGGGUAGAAUUGGCCCGCCGCCGAGCCAUAUCAGAAGAAGUUCUCAUAAAUCCAUGCACAAGACGACGGUUGUAUAAGGAAUUCUUGGUUAUUCCACGCGGUAGGUACCAGCGGUUCACACAGCAGAUGCCCGAUGGCCGACUGUUACCAUGUCCAAGCACAUCAGCCUUAGCGUUCUAC